GCGUCGGACUGCGUCGCUUCGACGCCACUUCCGCUUCCGGUCCCGGGAAAGAUGGCGGCGCCCGCGGCGGCUCGCGCCCUGCCGGUCACCCUGGGGCGGCUCGUGUCCGCGUGCCGCCGCCACGUCGUGAGGCCGCCGGGGUCCGGGGCGGCCUCCCUGCUGCUCGCCCCCAGGAGUUUCAGCACGCCGAGCCCUUCCUCCCCGCCACGACUCGUGGCCCGGACCUCCCUGAGUCAGCCCCCGUGGCCUGAAGUCGUCCUGCCGGACCCCGCCGAGGAGAGCAGGCACCACGCAGACGUGGUGGCGCACGUGAACGGGCUGAUCGCGGCCAGCGCGCACGGCAGGCUCUUCGCGGUGGUGCACUUCGCCAGCCACCAGUGGAAGGUCACGGACGGGGACCUGAUCCUCAUCAGCAACCAGCUGGACGUGGCGUGCGGGGAACGGCUGCGGCUGGAGAAGGUCCUGCUGGUCGGGGCUGACGACUUCACGCUGCUCGGGAAGCCGCUGCUCGGGAAGGACCUGGUGCGCGUGGAAGCCACGGUCAUUGAAAAGACGGAGUCGUGGCCGAAAGUCCACAUGAGGUUUAAGAGAAGGAAGAACUUCCGGAAGAAGAAGAUAAUCGUGAACCCCCAGACCAUCCUUCGGAUAAACAGCAUCGAGCUCGCCCCCCGUCUGUGCUGAGGGGUGCACGCUGACGUAAAUAAAGCCGCCUUUUCCAGGAA